AUGAAUAUCUUCAAGAUUUUCUUAAUAUGGGGAGUGUUUUCCAAUAUUGUGGCAGACAUUCAGAUAUUAAUCAACCCUGUGAAUUUGCCUGAAAAUAGUCUUCCUGGAACAGAACUAAGCCGUGCUUAUGACAAAGAUGUGGCUGGAAAACCAAAUGCCUACCGCUUUUUGAAUAAAACUAAAGAUUUUGUCAUUGAUGAAAAUUCUGGUGUCAUCACAGCUACAAAAAUCUUUAAUUAUGAAACUGAUCCAACCAGGUUUCUAUUUAUAGUUGAUACUGGAGGGAUCAUGAGACAUGUUUUGACCAUUAAUAUAAUCGAUGUUCCAGAACCUCCAGACUGUACUGCUGACCCCCUCUUUUCUUCAGGUUCAGCUACAUUUGAAAUAGCUGAGGAUUAUCCACUCUUUCAAUCCAUUUAUAGAGUGAAUGUCACAGAUGAAGACAUUGCACAUGGUGACAGGCUGACAUACAGCAUUGAGACAGAAUUAUCUGGACCCAAGAGGGGAGCAAACUCCUUUGGAGUAGAUCCUGUAAAUGGUAUUGUUAGCUUAAGAGGUGAAGAUGCCUUGGACUUUGACGCUGGAUACCAUACUUUCCAGCUUUCAGUGAGAGCAACAGAUUCAGCAGGUUUGUUCUGUCAAGGAACGAUAAUUAUCAAUAUUCGAAACAUAAAUGAUGAGACGCCUCAAUUUGAGCCAUUUCCUAUGGAUUCAAUUAACGUGACUGAAAAGAAACCCACUGGAAGUUUUUUAGCAAGAGUAAAAGCAACAGAUCGUGAUAAAGACAGCAGCAUCAUGUAUUCCUUUAAAACACAGCAGGAAAUGUUUGGUUUAGAUCCUUUCACAGGUGUAAUCACUGUUCUUCAGUCUUUGAAUCUUGAUAACCCAAGUAACUCCAGAACCUACUCUUUAGAAAUUGAGGCGAGGGAUGAUGGCAAUAACACCAGCUCAUACAUGUUCACAGUUUUUGUGGAGAAUGUUGAUGAUCCUAUUUCCUGUGAUCCCAAAUUUUCAAAAGGCGCAGGUGUUUCCGUGUCUGUUGCCGAAAAUACCCCCUCCUCUGCUUUUAUAUACGCAAUUCUUUCAAGAGAUCCAGAUUUGGGACAAGAAGUUGAAUUUUUCCAGUUAGUAAUCGCUGUGAGAAAUAGGGACAGCCUGUCUCUGGAGUCAUGUGUCGGCACCAUCACUAUAAACAUCCAAAAUGUUAAUGAUGAGAGUCCUGUUCUGAUAUAUAAACCUGAUGCACCUUUAAUUAUUAAUGAAAACCUGCCUGUGGGAACAAAGUUGGCCAAGUUCACGGCAACAGAUAGAGAUAUAGAGGAUACUGUGCAUUAUGAAUUUAUAAGUAUACAGAAAGAGUUUGCUAUAAAUGAAGACUUCGGAGAUGUCACUGUUGCCUAUCCUUUAGACUAUGAAGAUGUAACAACCCCAAAAUCUUGGGUAUUAUAUGUUAGAGUCUAUGACAAUGAGAGAACGCAUUCAACAACUGGGACAUUCACAGUGAUUUUACAGGACGUAAAUGACAACCCUCCACGAUGCUCACAGGAUAUUUAUGUAAUUGAACUUCCUGAGAACAUCCCAGUUGACACCUCUUUAGUGUCCCUAACUUGUACAGAUCUGGAUGGAACUAUUCCCAACAACAAUGUAACUUAUCAUUUGAUUAAAGACACCUUUUCAAAUAAAACCUUUACUCUGACAAAGAAUGAAUUGAAAAUUGGACCUAUGCAUCUAGAUUAUGAUAAUAGUGUUUUCUCAGAAAUGGACUUUAAAUAUACAUUGUUUAUAAGAGUCUCUGAUGAAGGAAUUCCUGCACUCUCAACCAUCAUCAGAAUCAUAUUAAGGGUGAGCCGUAUAAAUGAACACAGUCCUAUUGGAACUAUGAUGGCAUUUACUUUCAGUGUAUUUGAAAACAGUCCAAUUGAUACACUAGUUGGAAAAAUUACAUAUACCGAUGGAGACUGGCCAUUUAACAAUAUACAAUAUGCCAUUGUUGGAGGCAACUUUGGAAUACCACCCAAAUUUUACAUUGAAUCGGAUUCAGGAAUGAUAAAGCUGUUGAAUUCAGUGGACAGGGAAACAGUUUCUCAGUAUAAGAUAGCUGUGAGAAUCACAGAUGUGGCCAAUGAUGCUCUCCCUGACCCUAUCAGGCAGAGAAGUUCUACUGCUCAGGUGACCAUCCAUGUUCUGAAUGUGAAUGAUGAGCCUCCUGUAUGUUCACCACCACAUUUAGAAAUUCAGAUGUAUGCCAGAUUUAGGGGUCCUUUAAUUCGCCUUAAUUGCUUAGACAAGGAUUCCCCACAGAAUCAUCUAAGCUAUUCCAUCACAGAAGGAAACACAAAUAAUCAGUUCACACUUUGGAGAGAAGGUGCUGAGUCUCCAUUUCUGGCCACUGGGCAGCAUUUCCAGGAUGAUCUGUUUCAAGGAACUCAAGAUGGAGUGACAUUCCAGUUACUUAUUGAAGUCACUGAUGAAUUGGGUGAGAAUUCAGCUAGUCAGCUGACUGCCACUACUACAGUCAUAAUUCAUGUGCUUCCCUGGACCACAACACAACCAACCUCUUCCAGAAAAAUAACUCCAACAACAAUUACUACCUCUGUCCUAAGGAAGAUCUCAUACUAUUGGAGUCCUGACACUUGGUUUCCAGCAGUCUUCACUCUAACGGGAGCUCUCUUUCUGAUGUGUUUGUAUGCAGUAGCAUGGUGCCUCUUCAAAGAUGUUCCUGCCUGCUCAAGACUGUUUCCUUGGUGUCACAGACAGCAGAGUCAGCCAUGUCUCACUGAAAAGGAAGCUGCACAGGGACUCAGGUAUGAAAAUUCACUGAGUGUUGUUACCCAACCGAAUUCAAGACCAAACUUGCUGCCUGGAAAUUAUAAAUGACAGAAAUGUAAUAUCUAUUCAACACCAGACAGGAGAUGUCAAGAUGUUGAACUAUUAAGAAAAGCAAAUGUUUUUAACAGAAGACAUUUUGACUUUAACCAGAAGAAAGGUCAUUAUAUCUUCAUGUCACUUGCUUUAUUUGAAAAGGUCUUUGAAAAUACAGGUUUUUCACAAUAAAACAGCAUCAUGUUUUUCAAUGUUGCCAGGUACUUUUGUGUAACCUGCCACAUGCUUUGAUGGGUCUGAAUUUUACUGCUGUAUUUGUGCUAGGGUUUACAUGUCAUGAAGACCUGCUUGUGUAUAGUUCAGAAAGGUACUGUGACAUCGUAAUCACCAGUUGAAAAUAGGCUGAAAUUGUAGUAAAAACUAGUGGUCAUUAUAUGAAUGAAUUUAGAAAAUAAAACACAUGCUAUAAGACAAAUUUCUCUAUUAGGCCAUCAGUUUUAAUUUGAAAGACAUGAACAAACAUGUGUGAUAAUUCCAUAUUCUAUCAACAAUGCACCUUUCUGAUUAAUUUGUUUUUAUUUAUGUGUAUAGGCCUUGCCUACUUGUCUAUAUGUGCACCAUGUGUGUGCAAGUUCCUUUAGUGCUGAAGGAAAGUGUGUUAACACUUCCUGGAACUGGAGUUACAGGCAGCUGUGAGCUAGUUGAUUUGGGUUCUUUACAAGAUCAGCAAGCUCUCUUAACUGUUGAGCCAUCUUUCCAGGCCCUAUUUUAGAACUCUUGAAUGGACCUAUUUAAUCUUUCAUACUGACAAACCUCAAAAUCUUUGGUGUUCUAAAAAACAUUACUAUUUCAUCAGUUGCAAUGCUGACAAAAAGCAAAUUUCACUUACUUCAAUUUUGUGUAAAUAGAUACAUCUUAAGUCAAAUAGUAUCCUAGAUGAAAUUCUCUGAACAUGCAAUUCUUUUUCAUCUUUUCUUUAUUUGAAAAUAAAAAAAUUCAAACAUUA